AUGAAAGUACUACAUAGAGUGCAGCUUGGAUGCGAAUUAUACGAUCUACUUCGCAAAGCUUUGCUGUCCGGUGGGUCAUGUGCGGAAGUUGAUGGCAUAUUGGUCGACCUGGAACAAAAAUGCCGUUCUCCAGCACCCGUUACUGGCAGCCGCACUGACGACAUAAAGAGCAGCAUCGGAAAGGAUGACCUGAAAUUCUGGCUCGAGGAUGUAGGUCGCUUGAUGUUUGAGGCAAGGUCGAUGAAAACGAGACAGCUGGCGCUAAAUGCGCUAGAGGCUGCAGUUUACCAAAUCAAGGCCACCAACUACCAGGAACACUCGUCGUGGGGAGAGAUUCGCGAGAUCAUCUGUAAGGAGUACACAUCCUUGCUGGAUACGGCACGAAGCGAAAAGGAUCCCAACUGGCACAGGAUUUGGUCGGUGCUGGUUCGCAUUAUCGACCGAGAGCUAUGCCAGGGUUCGUCCAUCAUAAACAUGUUUCUAUCGAUCGUUGAGGCAGGAUUCAGAUCACCAGAGCUCUCGAUCCGCGAACAGUCGUUUGACUGUUGGCGGCUGUUGGUUGAGAUUUUCGCCAACAACAAACAGAUAAACAUUCCCAAACGGGUGAAACUUAUCUGUAUCCCACUGAAAAGUUCUAAGUCGAAAACGGAAACGAUCGCAAUGAAAAAGUUUGACAUCUGGUGGUACCUUUUGUGUCAAUUACGCCCCCAGUUGGAUGCUAUGGGGGACACAAUAUUUGAGCCAUUCAUAUACUUUUGCUUUGGGCCUUCGUUUAAGACACCUUUGUGCUAUUACUUUGACUCAUCGUACCAGGAGCUGGGUGCCCCGGGAAAAAUGUACCAAUCUAUCAAACAGCUAUCAGCAAUCGCUUUAAUACAUCUUCUUGGUCCAGUUCCGGCUAUCACGAAAACGUUAGUCACGUCACCAGACAGUGGUAGUCUACAAUAUCCGUUCGAUUUCACCGAUACCAGCAUGGUUAUAUCAGACACACUUUUCUCUGCCAAAGCCAAGCUAAUUGUCAAUUCGUGUACAGAGUGCACGGUACUGUUGGGUCAGAUGCAUCAUCUUGAUUAUCUGCAGAUUAAUCGAUGCGUCUGGAACAACCUGAUACGACGUGGAACUACAGGGACAACAGUGUCGAAAAAUGACAUGUUACAGUGGAUCAAAGAGGAUAUGAAUGCUCUUUUAAAACUGUGUUUACUCCAAGAGAGUGAUCUGGUGCUUCGCGAUUUGCUGUACGACACGCUGCUAACCAUAGUGCAAAGUGACCUAUUUAAAGUCAACAUUGGUUACGAUCCACCGGAGCAAUUGAUUUUCAAUUACAAAACGUUGAUGCCAUUGCUGCUUCAUUCGCAAUUGCCUUGUCCAGUAGAAAAAUCGGAACCAAUAGUGAAAUGUUUGUUCGAUCUGAAAAGACAUACUGGACAAAAUGUGUAUUGGGAUAUACUUCACAAAACAGUCCAAUACAUUUGCCUCGAAGAUAACCACAGCGGAAACAACAGUUCCGAUUUUCGCGCCAUACGUUCCCAAAUCUACACGCAGUUGGGCAAUUAUCUUACAGUGCAAAUACGAGAGGAUAUGGAAGGAUUUUUGCAACACCAAACUACCGUGAUGAGUUUUCUGUUGUACCCGUUGGAGUACGAUCAGCUGCUGUUGAUCGAAAGCGUAAAAGAACUGUGGAUAUCGAUAUACGAACCAAUAGCAAAGCAGGAAACGAAUACCUGCGAGUUCGUAAAUGCGUUCUGUGAAAUGAUCAAAGCGAUGACCAUUGCCAAACAUGGCUAUAGUACAGUGGUAGUGGCCGACUCGCUCUGCUACAUAAUGCGAUCAUUGAAACCGAAUUUUGAACCCACCAGUUCACCCGUAAAAGUGUUGGAGCUUUUUAAAGAUGUUUCAAGAAAGGGACUGGCCUACAAAACGAAUCUCGACAGUAUUGAAUCGAUGGUGGGCUGUUUUGGCGAGCUGUUGGAAAGAUUAGGCCCAAAAAAGGUGUUGGUUCUGAUUAUGCCGAUAAGAAAUGCUAUCAACGAACUGGUUUCAAGCGAACCUGGACUGCAAAUGGGCGAGGUGAAAAAGUUGCUUGAAGUAAUAUCCAACAAAAUGCUCCUACCGGAAAUGUCGAAAGAGCUGGCUGGCCAAUCAAGCGAUGUUAAAUGGAAUUGCAAAAUGUUGCUAAAAAGCUUGCUGAACUUAUCGGACGAUGUGAAGAAGGGUUGGAAGGUAGCGGAAAUGAAAAAGCUGAUGAAUGCUUGGGAUGAUAAAACUGGCAACAAUAAUAAAACUCCAAAGCGUAACACGAAAGAAGAGGAGUUCGUGGUAAUAGAGAAGGUGUGGAAGUUUAAGCCAGAAUCGCUGACCGAACAUCAGCGUGAAAAAAUGAUGCAAAAACGGACUGAUAUUCCCGCACUGUAUAACGAUAUGAGUCAAUCCCAGGACAGCUUUGUCAUAAAACCAUGGACACCAAGUAAAGGAAUCGCUCCCUUGAAGCAGAACGCUUCAUCCGCAGUCACUGUUCCGAAUGCAACACAAAUGGAAACUGACAAGAUCGUAUCAAAGGAACCUGGCGACACAGUUGCUAUGGAAACAGAAGAAGUCCUGUCAACUUCAGCCAAAUCGGCGAGUGAAUCCAAACCCGUAACGAGUCGUUUAGACAAAGAAAACAACAAUGGAAAUGUUUUGAACGAAGAGCCAGCUUUACCAACAAAGCAAGAUUCAACCGAAACGGAAGAGGAAAAGAAACAGCAAAGCCGCAAAAGAAAGCAAUCGGUGCUAGAUAAGCUGCGCAUCGAUACGGUUGAAGGUAAAAGUUUAGAUGUUAUGAAUUUGUCACGCACGAGACGUUCCGAGCUGCCAGAAAAACGAACCACACGACAGAAAAUGAACACGAGUCAGGAGAUUGCAAGUGAGAAAAAGCGCAAUACGGUGUCAAAAGCAAAUGUGGAGCAGACAAGUGCGUCUACAUCCAAGGUAUCAACUGUGAAAAGAACCGAGCAAAAAGAGAAACGAAGAUCGAGAAAGCUGUUAAAUUUUGAAAAACAUGAAAGUACCGAUUCUUCAUCGGGCUCAACAGACAAGGACAAGCAAGCUAACGUUUCAGAAGACGUCAUCGAGUCUUCACAAUCCGAUUCUUCAGAAUAUGCUAACAAGAGACCAUCCUUCGUUAAGUUCAGAGCAUCGGAGUUGGCAGCAAAAAGCAACGAAAUGGCAGAUACAUGCACAACUCCAGUGCAAAAUGAAAAAGAGCCAAGUAUGGCUCUUGGUGAAACACAGCACGUCGAUAAAAUUGACAAUGAAAGUGCAGCGAACAGCGCGAAUACUAUAGGUAGCAUUAUUGAAGCUCACGAGAAAAAAGAAUCUGAUACAUCUCGUUUGCCGGAACAACGCGAAAGCGAUGCAGAGCCAAGAGUAUUACAACAGCCAGCAGCAGUGUCAAACGAAGAGAGCACAAAUGCGCAGCAGCCUGCCCAAGUGCCCCCAAAAAACCCCAAUAUUCUGUUGUCUCCCAGCAGACGCGUUUUGCGGGUAUCACUAGAUGAGGCUAGCAAUAAAGGACUCCUAAGCCAAUUGACAAUUCUUUCACCGAGAAAGAUGGCCGACAGUAAGCUGGUGCCGAAAUGCUUGUACAGUCCCUCAAAAUCAAUGCUAAAGGCGGAAAAGAAAGACAAAGAAUCACCUUCAACAAAAACGGCCUGUGACGAAGCAAUGCGCGAAGCAUUGAAACUCGUUGGAGCUGGAAACAGGGACACAAAAACGUUACCAUUACCAUUAGUCGUAGUGGAACCGAUAACAAACAUUGCAAACACAUUGCGGGACGAUGCAGAACAUCAAACGGAAGCAAUCUCUCACCCCAUCAUCAGCUUGAAGAUGGAUUCGAAGGAACAUGACGAGAACCAUGCGAGCGGUAACAAUGCACCACAACCUACAACGUCCAAUACUGCAUCACUAGUUGAACCAUCCACAAGUGUUGCAGAAUUGGUUGAAAAUAAUUCGAAACAACUCCCGAUUGAGCCAAUGCCAACCUCAGAACAAACAACUCUCGAACCAGCCGCACUCAGUAUGGAUCAACUUUCUCCGGUAAAAAAUCUGGACGAAGAGAUGGAGCCGCUAAAUAAGUCUCUUAAUCGCAGCAUCAUCUCAUCACCGAAUCGUGCCGGCGAAGAAGAGAGAAAUGCAGAUCUGCUGAACAGCACACUUAACAUUUCUCCAAUAUCGGAGGAAAAAGGUGCUAUCCCGAAAAAUGUUGAUAGCGGCGAGCUGGCCGGCAGUGCAGACUGCAGACGCUCGUCCAACAGGAUUGUGGGUAGAGAACGAGACAUGAUGUCGAACGCUGCCAACGCUACUCCGGUGCAGACAAUUGUGUCUCGACGCUCCAAAGCUAGCCCAACUCCCCAGACGCCGUCGGGAUCGAAUAGUGCACUGAAGGCUCGCACUCAUCUACAGUCGUCCUCCAUGUUGCACAGUCCCAGAUCAAAUAUGAUCGGUCACGGUGGGCGUGGUGCACAGCUCAUUAAUUUGAUCCGCAACCAGCAAAGCGAUCAAUCUCCCAAACCAAACACACCUCCACAAAAUGCAUCGACACCGAAGGUAGGGCAGGGAUCUGCUAGCCGUUUAAUGAUGCGUAAAAAAGCGAUUGUCGGCAGUGCUACUGCCGCAUCAGCAUCCGAAGGUACGGCAUGUGCGGAAACGAUGAAACAUGGUGAGGAAAAUGGGCAAGACAAAGGCACGCAGUACCUGUUCUUCUCUAAAGCAUUGCCUUCACCGUUAGCUUCACCUGCUGGCAGCAUACUGAAACGCAAGCACAAUCAGGAUGAGAGUGGUGGCGAUGACAUCGAAUCGCCGAUCAAUAAGCGCAAACGGGUCAGCUUUCAUGACCCUCCGGUCUCACUCACGAAGGAAUACAUACGGCAGGUGGAAGAGUGUCGUCCGGUCUCUGUGAGUCGCAGUCUGCAGCUGUCCAGUAGCAUUACAUCGUCAGCAGAUAGAGCAAAGUUCAUGAUGCGACGGAAAAGCAAGUCGGAUAGCAUUUCCGAGUUGCAGCAUUUUACCACUAACCAGGCAAAUUCAUCAAAUGAAGGAGUAUCGGGUGUCGGCCAGGGUAGUGGUGGUAGUAAGGUUAUGGACGAGGAUAUGGAUGAAGUGGAAUUGACGUCUUCACCAGAAUCUCUGGAUGAGCAUGAAUUUAUGAUGCACGAUGCUACCGACAAUAUGGCCGCUUUGCAGGUUACAUCUGGCUGUACGGAUAUAAGCCAGAAUGAACACUCGAAUUCGGGAACGCGGGAAUGUGUAACUGCACUUGAACCCGAGCAGCAAGUCACAACUGCUGGGGUGGACGAGAAAACGCACGGCUCGCCUAAUCAAAUACGCUUUGCAUCGGAGGAUGCUCUUCUGGAACAUGUUCUAAGCCGUUACACACUCGAUGACAUGUGUGAGCGUUACAUUGCGGCUGGAAAAACGCUGGAGAAACCCAAAAGUGUUCGCUCCCUAACAAAAGAACUAUCCGCCAAAAUGUCCGACGACCCAAAGAUGCGUGACGCAGUGCUGGACGAACUAUCGGAGCGACAUUCGGUCGAGUUUUUGGAUCAUGCUAUACAGGAAAACUCGAACGCUAAAGUUUGCGAACGUUUGUCAGCAAUCACGAUGAUGGACCAUGUGUUCAAACGUUUACAUGCGGCUUACAACACACAACACGUUGAUCAAGCUGCUCAAGGUACACAAACAGAGAAAGAGGAAGCAGAUCGCGUGAUGGAAACUAUUUUCGAGAAUUUGCUAAGCUUGCCGGGCACGGAUAGCCAGAAGUUAGCCGAGCUUCGUGAACAAUUUCUACAGAAGGAACUGGCACGUAAGGAUCGUUUAGAGAUCAUGACCUUGUUGGAAACUUACUUUAAAGCAUCUAGCCACCACCAAACGACGUGA